AUGCCCCUGGCCAACGGGGCAAGUGGCAUCUCCCUGUGGACCCUGGCCCUGGGGGGUGCUGCUACUGCCCAGGUCACCACGGGGGCCGUGCACCUGACCCCCUCCGGACCCAGCACCUUCUGCAGGAGGUCGGGAGGGGGACCAGCGUCCGGGCUUCCGAAUUCCGGCUGCGGCCGUUUGAGGGUUCUGGCCUCGGGCCUCCACGGUGGUUUUGAGAAGUUUGAGAUAAUCCUGCUCCUGGUUCCUCAGCAGGGAAUCAUGGUCUCGCUGGUUGCUCAGAAGGGCUUCUUGGGUUUGGUGCAUCAUCAGCAGGCCUAUCCUUGCGACGCUGCCAAAUACAAGCCCGUGUGUUGCUCCUUGUCCUCCGUGGGCUCAGUGGGAGCGUUCCUGACGUGGCCGGGAGUACACAUGCUCCCCCGGGCCUCCUCCAGGGGCCCCUGGUGGCCAGUGUGGGCUGUCAGGGUGGCAGGCCGCUGUUCUGGGGUGACCCUGGGCACACGGGACACAGUGGGGUCUCAGGAGCCCCGGACAGAAGCCGAGGCUGUGCUGACACUCUACUGGCCAGAGGCGGCUGUGGGCGAGAGCAAGGGCUGUGUGGGCAGGGCCCCUUGGAGCACCCCCCCAACAGACACGCAGUGCUCUCUGCAGGCACCGGACUGCUCCCUUCAGGUGGCCACGCCGGCCCCCCCGCCAGCAGCACCUCCCGGGGCUGGCUCCUCCCACGCCUUCCUCUGUGCCCUGGCCCCGCCUCAGGCAGGCUGGCUGGCCUGGGGCCAGAAGGGGUUCCUGGCCUCGGUGACGAAGGCCAUCAUGGCCCCCUAUGCUGACCAGCAGAGACACCGAGAAGUCACCUCUGAAGCACUUUGGACUGAGUGCUGGUCCCCAGGCCUUACCUCCCCGGCCUUGCCCCGAGACUGGGCUGCAUGGACCGGGGGUGGCUGGGCACAUCUGGAGCCUGAGUGGGGCCUGGUGGCCCUGCUCUUGGGCUGGCUGAUCCCCAAGAGGUCGCGCGAGUGUGGGGGCCCCUGGCCAGUGGCCACCACAGAGCCUCCGCUCCCACCAGCGCAGACACGCGACCGCACGGGCGGGCCCCGUGUGCCAUCUGCGGAGCCGGGCCUGGCAGAGCCCCUCCUUGGCCACGGCUCGAGGCGGUGUGGGAAGGUGUGGUUGAAGGCUGAGCAGGCCUUUGCCCUUUGCAGGUUGUGCAGCCUGACCUUGAAGAAGCUGGUGGUCUUCAAGGAGCUGGAGAAGGAGCUCAUCUCGGUGGUGAUUGCUGUCAAGAUGCAGGGCUCCAAACGGAUCCUGCGGUCCCAUGAGAUUGUGCUGCCCCCCAGUGGACAAGUGGAGACCGACCUGGCGCUGACCUUCUCUCUGCAGUACCCUCACUUCCUGAAGAGAGAAGGCAACAAGCUCCAGAUCUUGCUGCAGCGGAGAAAGCGAUACAAAAACCGAACGAUCUUGGGCUACAAGACACUGGCGGCGGGCUCCAUCAACAUGGCCGAGGUGAUGCAGCACCCCUCUGAGGGCGGCCAGGUGCUGAGCCUCUGCAGCAGCAUCAAGGAGGCCUCAGUCAAGGUGGCCGAGAUCUGGAUCUUCUCCCUGUCCAGCCAGCCCAUUGACCACGAGGACAGUGCCAUGCAGGCAGGACCCAAGGCCAAGUCUGCAGAUAACUACUCCGAGGAGGAGUAUGAGAGCUUCUCCUCUGAGCAGGAGGCCAGUGACGAUGCCGUACAAGGGCAGGAUUUGGACGAGGAGGAUUUCGAUGUGGGGAAACCCAAGAAGCAGCGGCGAUCGAUACAACAAAACUUCAAGCAGAAGGUCGUGGCGUUGCUGCGGAGGUUCAAAGUGUCAGAUGAGGUCCUGGAUUCAGAGCAGGACCCUGCAGAGCAUGUCCCUGAGGCAGAGGAGGACCUGGACCUUCUGUAUGACACGCUGGACAUGGAGAACCCCAGUGACAGUGGCCCAGACCUGGAGGAUGAUGACAGUGUCCUCAGCACCCCCAAACCAAAGCUCAGGCCCUACUUCGAAGGGCUGUCACACUCCAGCUCGCAGACGGAAAUCGGGAGCAUCCACAGUGUCCGGAGCCACAAGGAGCCUCCGAGUCCCGCUGACGUGCCUGAGAAGACUCGAGCCCUGGGAGGCAAGCAGCCAAGCGACAGCAUCUCCGACACGACCCACAGCACACCCGCCCCCGGGGAGCAGCCCGCACAGCCCGAGGACAGCCCGGAGGCGGAGACCUCUGCUCUGGACAUGUUCACCGAGAGGCUGCCGCCCAGCGGGCGGAUCGCCAAGACGGAGUCCCUCGUCAUCCCCUCCACCAGGUCCGAGGGGAAGCAGGCUGGCCGCCGGGGCCGGAGCACAUCCCUGAAGGAGCGGCAGCCUGCGCGGCCACAGAACGAACGGGCCAACAGUCUGGACAAUGAGCGCUGCCCGGACACAAGGAGCCAGCUGCAGAUCCCCAGGAAGACCGUGUAUGACCAGUUAAACCACAUACUCAUCUCUGAUGACCAGCUCCCUGAAAACAUCAUUCUUGUCAACACCUCUGACUGGCAGGGGCAGUUCCUGUCGGAAGUCCUGCAGAAGCACACGCUCCCCGUGGUGUGCACAUGCUCUGCCGCUGACGUCCAGGCGGCCUUCAGCACCAUCGUCUCGAGGAUACAGAGAUACUGCAACUGUAACUCGCAGCCACCGACCCCCGUGAAGAUAGCCGUGGCGGGAGCGCAGCAUUACCUCAGUGCUGUCCUGCGGCUGUUCGUGGAGCAGCUGUCCCACAAGACCCCCGACUGGCUGGGCUACAUGCGCUUUCUCAUCAUCCCGCUGGGUUCCCACCCCGUGGCCAGGUACCUGGGCUCCGUGGACUACCGCUACAACAACUUCUUCCAGGACCUGGCCUGGAGAGACCUGUUCAACAAGCUGGAGGCCCAGAGUGCCGUGCAGGACACGCCGGACAUUGUGUCGAGGAUCACCCAGUACAUCGCAGGUGCCAACUGUGCCCACCAGCUGCCCAUCGCGGAAGCCAUGCUGACCUACAAGCAGAAGAGCCCUGACGAAGAGUCCUCUCAAAAGUUCAUUCCCUUCGUAGGGGUGGUGAAAGUUGGAAUAGUGGAACCAUCCUCAGCCACGUCAGGUGACUCAGAUGACGCGGCCCCCUCGGGCUCCAGCGGGCUCUCGUCCACCCCACCGUCCACGUCUCCCGCGGCCAAGGAGGCCUCACCCACCCCGCCUUCCUCCCCCUCAGUGAGCGGGGGCCUGUCCUCCCCCAGCCAGGGCAUCGGUGCUGAGCUGAUGGGGCUGCAGGUGGAUUACUGGACGGCAGCCCUGCCUGCAGACAGGAAGAGAGAGGUGGAGAAGAAGGACCUGCCCGCCACCAAAAACACGCUCAAGUGCACCUUCCGGUCUCUCCAGGUCAGCAGGCUGCCCAGCAGUGGCGAGGCCGCGGCCACGCCCACCAUGUCCAUGACCGUGGUCACCAAGGAGAAGAACAAGAAGGUGAUGUUUCUGCCCAAGAAAACCAAGGACAAGGAUGUGGAGUCCAAGAGCCAGUGCAUCGAGGGCAUCAGCCGCCUGAUCUGCACAGCCAAGCACCAGCAGAACAUGCUGAGGGUCCUCAUCGACGGUGUGGAGUGGAACGACGUCAAGUUCUUCCAGCUGGCGGCCCAGUGGUCCUCCCACGUGAAGCACUUCCCCAUCUGCAUCUUCGGACACUCCAAGUCCACCUGCUAGCCCUGCCCCAAAGCCCUGGACGGCGAGCGCCGGGAGGGCCCAGCUGCUUUUCUGUUAACAUUUCAGUUUACUACAGAGACCCUGAAAAACACAAAGAGAAACAGUCUUAAGUAUGAACGUGCUCUCAACCUGGAAACUCAUGGGGAGGCUGCCCCCCCCCCGGAGCCCAUUAACUGCUCUGCUCAUUAACCAGACGUGCCGGUGGGGUGGGAGGCCAGGUGGACAGCGCUGAGCUCUGAGAGGCACGAAAGGUGUGUUUUGGCCUCAGGACCCCCCCGAGCCCCCCCGCAAGAAGGGUGCUCGCCUUUGUGUCCCGUCCUUCCAGAAAGCCAGGACUCUGCUUCCUCAGGGAGCUGGGGCCAGGCGGGCGGCCACACAGAUCCACGGGCUGCCUGUGUGCCCAGACACAGAGCUGGGUGACCAGAGGCUGAAGGCCGGCCUCCUGUUGGGGGCGCCCCGAGCAGAAUAUGGUGGUCGGGCAGCCCAGGCCUGGGCCCAGCCGCCCACCAGCCGAGAGAUGCCCCAGCACCGCCCACUUGUGGUUCCCAAUAAACUCCAGCCUCGAGGGGCAGUGGAGGUUUUAUAGUA